AUGUCGACAAUCUUGCCUCGCUAUGUCGAGAUUGCGGUCAACUUGGGUGAUCCAAUGUUUCGUGGUGUUUACCAUGAGAAGAAGAAGCACACUGACGACCUAGAUCAGGUUUUGACACGUGCGAGUAAUGCCGGCGUCGAUGCUCAAAUCAUCACAGCUGGCUCCUUGGCCGAAGUUCAUGACGUGCUUCGCCUAGCAGAUACCAAGCGUGGCUUGUUCGCGACAGCUGGAUGCCAUCCCACACGAUCUACAGAGCUGGAAUCAUACGGUGCGCCUGCCUACAUGAAUGCCUUGAAAGACGUAAUUCUUGCCAACCCCUGCAUCGUGGCCGUGGGAGAGUGUGGAUUAGACUAUGACCGCCUUCACUUUUCGCCCGCUGAUGCGCAGCAGCGAUGUUUCAAGCUCCAAUUGCAGCUAGCCGAACAAGUUCGAUUGCCCCUAUUCCUACACUCGCGUGGGGCUCAUACCGACUUUGUGCGCAUCUUGCGUCCCCACUUAUCAUCACUACGUCUUGAUCACACAGAGCCCACACCAGAAAGUAAGGGAAGUGUCGGUGUCGUACACAGUUUUACGGGGACACUAGAUGAAAUGCAAGAACUGGUACAAAUGGGGCUGUACAUCGGUGUGAAUGGGUGCUCGCUGAAGACGCAAGAGAACUUGGACGUGGUAAAACAUAUUCCUCUGCACCGUAUCAUGCUUGAAACUGAUGCUCCAUGGUGUGAUAUACGCCCAACGCAUGCAUCGCACGCGCACCUUGAAGCGUUUGCCAAGUCGUCUCCACAACUAUGUGCUUUGUACUCGCCUGUACGUGUCAAGCCCGAAAAAUGGACAGAGAAUGCGGCUGUCAAAGGAAGAUGCGAGCCCUGUCAUAUAGGCCAAGUGGCCGCUGUGGUGGCGCAGCUCAAGGGCAUACGUCUUGAAGAGCUGGCCUCUCAGGCCUUUCAGAAUUCAGUCGACUUGUUUCGGCUACCCCUCUUGUAG